GCGGGGGCCAUGGCCGCGGCGGUUGUGGGUGUGAGUGCGGAUACUCGGGCACUGCACUCGCUCCGGGUCUCACUGCAGAGGGCCUCGGGAAUCGACUUCUCUGGGCUGCAGUGACCGCUGUGAGACGCACAGUGAGGGACCGGAGCGCUUGGGUUGGGGGGGGGGGCUGCACAAUGCCCCCUCUAUUGGGGGUCGCCCUGUGGUUCUGGGCACGAAGUCUCAGCAUCGUCAUCACAGCUGAAACCCGGGGGCUCGGUGAAUCCGAACGAUGCAUGGACUGGGGAGUGGACAACAUCAACAAGGUCCAGGCUUACGAUGGGGAGCCGACCAGGGUGAAGUGCCCGCUCUUCUCCACCUACAUCAAGUCCAACUACACGGCAGCUCACGCCUCUGGCCUCACCCUGGUCUGGUACAAAACGAGCCCAAACCAGGACCUGGAGGAGCCCAUCGACCUGAACCAAGCAGAGAACCGCGUUAGCAAGGAGAGGGACCUGCUGUGGUUCUGGCCGGUGACUCGCAAAGACUCUGGAAAUUACACGUGCAUGCUCAGAAACACCACCUAUUGUAUUAAAGUGGCCGUUCCACUUCAUGUAAUUCAGAAGGACAAAGAUCACUGCUAUAGCCAGAAAGAACACAUUUUGCUGCAAGAUUUUGGUAUAGGAGAAACCAGUAACUUAACCUGCCCGGGCACCACUGAGUUUUAUCAGUCGACCGUUCAACCAAUCAUCACCUGGUACAAGAAUUGUCUUAAGCUUGUGUCGGACUCGAUCGAACCCAGACCCAUUGGACUUCUGCUGCUAUUCCCUGUCAUAAAAGAGAGACACGAGGCGAACUACACUUGUGUUGUCAGCAUCACCAACAGAGGCGUAUCCUUCACGCUGACGAGGACCAUCGCGGUUUCAAUAACUACCAGCCAGGGUCACCCUAAGCCACCGAAUUUAAUGCGGCCGAAAAUAGGCGAGAGGUUCGAAGUGGAAUAUGACCAGGAGGUGAACCUGACGUGUCAAGCGUACUUCUAUUACAUCAGGGGCUCUUCUACCGCGGUGUGGUGGACCAUUGAUGGCUGGGACGCCAAGGACCUGGCCCCCAGAGUAACAAUUCAAGAGAGUGAAGAGCUAUGGCCGCUCAAGAACAAAGUGGUGGAAAGUGUAUUGACUAUAAACGCGUUGACCCCAAGCGACCUCCAGAAGAACUACACCUGCUUCGCGAGAAACAGUCAAGGCAUCAAGAGCCGUCAGGUCAUUCUGGCCCGGAAAGCUCCCAACUAUAUGAUUGAGCUCGGCUGUGCCUUGGGAUUCACUUUGUUGAUCGUGGUGACGUCCAUCGUAGUCUAUCACUGCUGGUGGAUUGAGAUCAUCUUACUGUAUCGAUUGUACUUUGGGACUGACGAGACUGUCGGAGAUGGGAAGGAGUACGAUGUGUACGUGUCCUACGCCAGGAACGCGGAAGAGGAAGAGUUUGUCCUGACCACUCUGCGAACGGUUUUGGAGAACGACUACGGAUACAAAGUCUGCGUGUACGACCGGGACAGCUUGCCUGGAGGCAUCAUCACAGAUGAGACAUUGGCUUGCAUUUGGAAGAGCAGAAGGUUGCUUGUAAUUCUUAGCUCCAAUUAUCUGGUUAACGGGACUCAGUCGCUCCUGGAGUUGAAGGCUGGAAUGGAAAACAUGAUCAAUACAGGGCAGAUCAAGGUCAUCUUGGUAGAGUUUGAGCCGGUGAGGAAGAUGGGCCAUGUGAAGGAGCUCAAACGCUUGAAAACUGUCAGCACCACCAUCAAGUGGAGAGGGGUGAAAUCCCAGGACCUGAGCAGCCGGUUUUGGAAGAGACUUCGGGUUGCUCUCCCCGUCAAGAGGAGGGCAGACCCUUCGGACAGCAGUUUGGAAACCAGUAUGUGUGAUUUCGUAUAGUAGAACAUAAGCUCACAAACCCUUUUCGGAAGCCAAAAUGUGCCUUCAUACCCUUCCUGGGUACUUAUUAUUCCCACACAGUCAACCUGACGCCUCUACCGCUCCUUAGAAUCAGUACACGUCAUAUCUGUGCUGGUGCUCGCUCCCCUACUGGAGCUCUCUACUCUAAUCCCAUUUCCUGCUCUGUCCCAAUUGUGUCUGCUGUUGCUUACUCUCCUACUGGAGCUCUCUACUCUAAUACCACUGCCCUACUCUUUCCCAACUGCCAUUUAAUAUUAUUCCCUUCAAGUAUUUGUGAGGUUUCUGGAAUUCUAUCCCAGAAUCCCUGUGGCUUGCACACUCGCUC